GGGUGAAAUUGGUUCAUCUUGUUUGUCUCCCCCACCUGUACGGACGGUGCCCCAACCUCCUUUACACUCUUCUUGUCGGGAAUCAAACAGAACCAUCAUCACCAACCCCAAUAAACACGAUAUCGUGGUAUUGGAUAUACAGCUCCACAACAAAAAAAUGGGCAAAUCACGAAAGACCUACCUGAUCCCCAAUACUGUUGGGUUUUAUCCGUCAGACGGUCUCGUGGCAUUGGGACGCAUCAUUACCGAUCCCUGGGUUCCCGAUGAGGCGAUCAACCCAACAUCCACCUUGCCACUUCCAAAGCUGGAACAACAAACGGAGAGGGAUUUCAAGACAGUCAUCAAGCAUGGUUCAAAGGGAAGAUAUGGCAUAUUCUUGCAGUUCCUUAACCUGUCCGUUGUUGAGGGAAAGCUUGGCUUUCACCAUUCAAACCACGAGGAUUUGUACAUGUCUGCGUCGAAGAUGGAAACAAAAUACUUCAUUCCGACCGACGAAUAUGUCGAAGAAGCCUUGCGACAGCAUGAAGUCACUUCGAAGCUUUCAAAGCAAGGAUAUACAGAAAAACUCUAUAUGAUCAUCGGUCUCAAGAUUGCCAGGGGCGCCCAAGUCACGACGCUCACAUCCAGUGCGAAAGGCGGCGAUGCGAAGGUCUCUGUCGACGGGUCCUCAUUCGGAGCAGCAGGGCUCAAACUAGGACCGGAAUUGGAACUUUCCCAUGCUCAUUCAAUAUACAAGUCUUCUAAACCCGAGUCGGACUUUGUGUAUGCCUAUAGACUGCGAGAGAUCUUGUACUACCAGCAGUCGCGCCCGAUAGAUACUCGCGAUUAUACUAAGGGUGCGGCAGCUGGAUUGAACCAUGGGGCUUUGAAUUCCAAGGAAGGAGAGGAAGUGGCGAGUGCUUUGAUUGACGACUUCGACUUUGACGGAGUAGUGAAUGAAGAUGUUGGACGGGAAGAUCUGACGAGCGAGGGAGAUGUGUACGAGGAGGUAGAUGAGGAAGACGGGGAGGAAGUAGAUGUGAUUAUCAAAUCGAACUAACAUAACUACUGCGGCUGUAAACCUUCCAAAUGAAAAAACGGGACCACAUAUAUUCGAG